ACGAGUAACGACUGCAGAGUAUGACUGAGUCAAUCGUGGUCUAAAAUAGAAAGGGAGGCAGGCAGGCAGCGCCGCCCUCUCCAGCCCGCGGCAGCUUCACGUCAGGCAGCGGCUCACUCAGGAAAUUCAAACACACAGAGCCGUCCACUACACAGACACACGCAUCUCUCUGCUCCAAGGUCACCGAGCCGGCAGCCUGCACCGGGACACACACACACCUCCAUUCCCCCCCGAAAGUGAAUAGUCAGCGUUGAGGUGGGCCAGUGAUGCCGCCCCCGGCCGCAAACCCGCCCGCCGUGCCCCCACCAGACGGCGGUUGGGGGUGGGCUGUGGUGCUUGCAUCUUUCAUCUCCAUAGGCUUCUCGUACGCGUUCCCCAAGGCCACCACAGUCUUCUUCAAAGACAUCCAGCUCAUCUUCGAUGCCUCCUACAGUCAGAUCGCGUGGAUUUCCUCCAUCAUGCUUGCGGUCAUGUAUGCUGCAGGUCCCAUCAGCAGUGUACUGGUCAACACGUAUGGCUGCAGGCCCAUCGUCAUGAUGGGUGGCUGCCUCUGUGCCACUGGCAUGAUCUUAGCUUCCUUCUGCACCAGUGUGGUGCAGCUUUACCUCUGCAUAGGAGUUAUCGGUGGACUUGGACUAGCCUUCAACCUGCAGCCAGCGCUGACUAUGAUAGGAAAAUACUUCUAUAAAAAGCGACCCAUUGCUAACGGGCUGGCAAUGGCUGGCAGUCCAGUGUUCCUCAGCACCUUGGCUCCUCUUAACCAGUACCUCAUCAACCAGUUCGGCUGGAGAGGCAGCUUCCUCAUCCUGGGUGGCCUGCUACUUAACUGCUGUGUGGCUGGUUCCCUCAUGAGGCCUCUGGUACCACCACCCAGUAAGCUCAAGAAGGAUGAAGAGUUAGCCGUUGUUGCCACCACAACAAAAGAGAAGCACACUACCUGGCAAACAAUCAACAAGUACCUGGACUUAUCACUCUUCAAGCAUCGUGGCUUUCUCAUUUACCUUUCAGGUAAUGUCAUCAUGUUCCUGGGUUUCUUCGCACCUAUUGUCUUCCUUGCAGCCUACGCUAAAGACAUAGGUGUGGAUGAGUACUCGGCUGCCUUCCUGCUCUCAAUUCUGGCUUUUGUCGACAUGGUUGCCAGGCCCACCAUGGGGCUACUCGCCAACUCACGGUGGAUCCGGCCCAAAAUCCAGUACUUCUUCAGCUUUGCUGUGCUGUACAAUGGGGUGUGCCAUAUCCUCUGCCCACUGGCGGAGGGCUACACUGGUCUGGUGGUGUAUUCAAUGUUCUUCGGCUUUGCCUUCGGCAUGGUCAGCUCAGUGCUGUUUGAAACACUGAUGGACCUGGUUGGGGCUCAGAGGUUCUCCAGUGCUGUAGGACUCACCACCAUUGUGGAGUGCUGCCCGGUCCUCAUUGGUCCACCUCUAGCAGGGAAACUGGUCGAUCUCACAAAAAACUACAAGUACAUGUAUUUUUGCUGUGGAAGUGUCGUCAUUUUUGCCAGUAUUUGGCUCUUCAUUGGAAACUUCAUUAACUACAGACUUUUGGAGCGUGAGCGCAAGAGUGCAGAGAUGUACAAACGGACUGAGACGGAAGAUCCGGACCAAGCUCGGGAUCAGAAGGAGACUGAUGGAGAAGCCCAGGCUUCACAGGAGCUGGUCGACAAAAGUGAAAAGGGUGAGGAACCUAUGCAGCGGGAAACCAACAUCUAGAUCCUUCUGCUCUGCCAAUAGCUCACCCUCAACUCCACGUCAGCCCUGCAACACCCUUUGUCACGAUCAAACUGAGCUCCAAGCCAAGAGGUGCCUCUCGGUGUUCCAACAGGCUCUAUUCGGGGUCCUCCACACUUCUGUAAAACUAACUGCCAAAGCAACAACUGUGUUGUAGCAGGCUGUGACUAUAACAGAAAUAUUAACCACAGAGAAAAGUGUAAGAUACUGUAUGCAUAUGAGGAGACAAAAUUUCAGAAAAUGGCACGGAAAACAAUGUAGUACUAACUGUAUUUCUUUUUUUGCCACGUUCACCUCAUAUUGGAUUUACUGUAAACAAAAGACUGUAGCUGGGGGGAAAAGUACAUUUAUAGCAAACACCUAGCUGCAAUCAGGAUGUAGGAUUAUAUUAUAUGGAGGAACAUCUAAAUUGUGGUGUCAACUGAGAACUACCAUUAGCAGCAAAUCCACAGAUGUUGGCAAAAAAGAAAAUAAGUUAAAUUUGCAGACAAUCAACACUGCUGAAGAUAAGUAUUAUCUACUUCUGUUUGUUAAUGGUUUAUUUGAAUUAUCUCCAUUUGUCUCAACAAAUUCAAAUAUUCCAAGCUGCAGCAACAAGCGUCAUUCUCUUCUUCUACUAUGUCUUCCGAUAUGACGUGAAUGCAGCAUCAGCGUGUUGCCACUGUUCCAGAAACACCAGCAAACUAAAUCCAUAUUCAAAACUAACUCUGUCCUCUUCAUAACACACUGAAGUCUUGGUAAACAAGCAAAGGUUAAGUUAACAAGAGAAAGUAGUGGGGGCUCCCCAUUGCUCUGAUGGCUCAAAAUUCCAAAGCCCUGUUUGUCAAAAAAAUGUCCCAUUGGACCAAAAGUCCAUUUCUCAGACAGCCUGAUGUCCCAAAAACAAACAUGCGUUGCUCAAAAGUCCAGGUUCUCAGAAAAUACAUACUCCCUGCAGUUAGACGCAGCCACCAGAAAUUGUUUUUCUCAUUGUACGUUUCUGUAAAACAUGGAUACAUUACAUUUGUUAACAAUGCUGUGGUUAACGUGGUUUUAGGUUUAGGCACAAAAACCACUUGGUUAUGAUUAGGAAAAGAUCAUGUUUUGGCUUUAAACACCAACAGUGGGUAGCACAAAAGUUGCUGGAAAAGCAGGGAUGGGUCGAUAAAAACACAGAGAUCAAUGGCUGAAUUGUCCCUGGGAAACAGUGGGAGUGUGUGUUUUUGGAAAAAUGGGACUUUGGUGCAAUGAAUGUUUGGUUUAGGGAUAAGAGGCUGUUGGAGAAAUGGGCUUUUGGUCCAAUGGGACAUUUUUUUGGACCACUGAGGCUUCACAAUUUUGGGCCACUGGAUCAAUAGCAUGGCACCAAAGCAGUGAGCGCAUUACUCUGUGGUAAGAAAAACUUUUCUGUGAGUGAAAGGUCACUGGUUUGAUGCUAACAAAGCCAAUGUCUGUUAAGUUUUGAGUACCGCUUGAUUGCUGCCUGUGCAUUCAUGCUGCGAAUAACUUGAUUAUGCGCAUUUUGAAAAACUGGACCGAUCAGAUGAGCUACAAUCACAGGUGCUAAUUUGUUGGCAUAGAAAAUUAACAGAUAAAACAAUUUUGGAUAUUAUUAUUAGCCAUAAUGAUGAAUAAACCCAUUCUCCAAGCAUCAGUUUUUACCAUGCCUCUUCCAGAAGUCUAUCACAUCAGUUGGAAAACUGAAAGGCAAAUGUUCUAAACAUCUCUCUGUUGCUAGAAAAAGACAUUUUUAGUAAGACUUAGACUUCCGUUCCAGCCACUACAGCACGAAAACAACAUAUGAAACCCUGAACUUAAUCCUGAACAGAAAAUGGGGAAAAUGACAAUUUCAAUUUUCUACCGCUCAGUCAUAGGUUGUUCCCUUUAACAAAGUAUGAACUUGAUGUCAUAAGUUAAGGUCUACUGCUUCCUUAAAGAAAGGAACCAGCUCAAAGUUUGGAUUGCAGUAGUCAAACGAAAGAAAUCGACACCUGCGAAAUUCCAGGGUCUGUAGCGCUCAUUUCAUUACCAGAAAGUAAGUGCGUUCAAGCUAACGAUUGCUAGCCCACAGUCUACAGAGGGAGAGGGGAAAAACCUACGAAAACUUAUUGGUAAUAAAAUCAGUGCUACAGACCCUGGAGUUUCACGACAGCAUCCAAUUCUUUUGUUUGGCCACUGCAAUCCAACCUUUGAGCUGGUUUGUUUCUUUAGGGAAACAGCAGACUUUUAUUUCUGACUCAAGUUAAUACCCUGUUGAAGGGAACGACCUACCACUGAGCAGCAAGGUCAGAAAACUAAUUUCACCAUGCCCCACAGUGUUCAUUUCAGUUCAGGAGGGCUGAAAUUCAGGGUUUCAUAUACAUGCAGUAGUCGACCAGAGGGGUAAGUUGAAAAAUUAUGCUGUUACCUAGCAACUGAAAGAUGCCUUGAAACAGUCUUGAGGGAACAAAAGAGGAGCUGAAACCUGCCUUGAUGGUGACAGCUGUUGAGCCUGAAAACUUUGGCAGUUUUUCCCUGGUUGGUCAGCUCUGGGGGAGGAAGGAAAACCUCCUGGUGACUUGUUGAUUGCGUUGCUCGCCGUGCGAAUGCAGCGUUAGCAAUCCCAGUGCAACGGAAACAGUUGAUCCAUCUGGUGAAAUGUGUCAAGCAAGAACUCAAAAUUCUAAUUACACUGUGUUUAAAAUGGCAAGCGGGUGCCAUAAAAUUGCCACUUCCAUAAAUAAAGAACAGAUGUGUUCACAGCUGGCGACGCUGGUGCCCGUGCAUUAUGCUGCCCGCCUGAGCACUGUAAUGUCGUGCAGUAAAACCUGCACAAAUGUCCCACUUUAAUACUUUCGAUCAAGUCAUAAAACCGCUUCCUGUAAGUCGUCCAGUGUUCCAUAUUGCACUCUUAUACAGUAUGUUGCACUAAAAGAGCAACGGCCAUACUUCACCCCAAACAUCUUUAUAAAACCGCUGCAAUGAAAUAAAUUUAAUUAUGGUUGAAUGUAAUUUCCUCUGUGGGCCUUAACAGUGUAUUAAUGACCAAAAACCAUCUGCAUAAUUGUGGUUUUUCUUCACAUAGAGCCCAUGAGCAAUAUCAUUUCUCACAUUUAAUGCAGCUAUACAGGGAAAUGUAUUUCUUGUCGUCAGUGUGACAGUCCAUGCUAUGAUACAUUGCCUUAAAUGUAAUGUAAUGACUGCGGGGGAGUUGUACAGUGAAUACUUGAUAGUAUUAGGCGAAGCAGAUAAACCUUUGUGUUAAAUGUGACCCACUUUUUUUUUUUUUUGCUGUGAUUAACUUAAAAACUCAGAAGAAAUCAGUUUCCAUUUGUCUCCUAACACGUCUGUAUAAAUGUUAAAGCUAUAAGAUUAUGUAUUGUUGUUCUGUAACUAAUUCACUAACAUUGACACCAGUAUGUUAACAUGUUGAAGGAAACACCACUGAUGCUACUAAUCACUCAAUGCUUAUGAAGUAUGCCAGUAUUUUCAAUCGUAUUGUGUGCAAACAAAUGUACUGGAUGAACAUAUCAUGUCACAAUUUAACUGUCGCUGUGAAUGUCAAUAUUGUUCGAUAUUCUGUCCAUUCCAUGUGUUUUGUAAAUGUCAUCCUGCUGUGCUGUUGAUCAGUUUUCAUCAGCUUUGGUCUCAAACGCUGACCAAAUGGUGUCCUGUCUCAGAUGUCCUAACAAAGCCAACAAAUGUUAUUUUUCAAAGCAAUCAUGAACAAAAAAAAAAUCAUGUUAUUGUUCCUUUUUUUCUGUGCUUUGAAUAGUCUAAUGUGUGUUCAGAAUCAUGAAAAUGGAUGUCCAGCUCAACCACAGCCAUGCGUCUUCACCUGAGACUCAUUACAACCAAACACAACUUAAUGUGAUAUCCUCUGGGUUAUAGUAAACUGGGAGGAAACAGCUGUUGUUGUGUUUGGCUGGAUGAAUGCUGAGGGUAUCAGGGGAACAUGGUUGAGAAUAUCUGCUAUGCCAUUUAUUGUAAAUAAGAUAAUUUUGAAAGAUUUGCACAUUUUUGUUCUCAGUGUAGCAAAGCACCUGACCUCUAUGAGCUUUCUUUUGGAACUGGACUUGGUGUUACAUAUAUUUCUAUUUUGAGAAGAGCUUAUCUCGGUUUUGACUGCAACUCCAGCAACAUGUGGACAGUUUGUGGUUACUUAAAGUUUUAGUUGGUAACUUUUAUAAAAAUGUUCUUUAAAAGUCUCUAACACAACUGAUCAAACAUGAGUCAAGGUUCUGUUACUGCAUUGCCUAUUUCUUGCCUCAAAUGUAUUCAGAACCAUAUUUUAGUGUACUGUUUAGCUGUAAGGGCCCCAACACACCGCACAGGCAGUUGGCAGUCAGCCAGUGUCAGGCUGUUGGUGAGUGUCUGUCACCCUAGUUUUUGCAAUGCCUCCUGCACAGUUGACACUAGUCGACCCUUGGCUUUUUCUCCGCUGUUGAUUCAGCAUGUUGAAUUGGCAUCUGAUACAGUGGAGCCUGUCUGUGAAAUCACUCUGAUUAGCUUUUCAGCUCAGUGCACGAGAACAGAAGGAAGUAAGGAAAGCAAAAAUAACUUAACUUGUUACAUUAAAUUUGACUAUUUUUUAGCCAUUGAACUCUUUGGCAUAAAUGUUUUGAAAUUGUUUGCAUUAUUGUUUGCUAGCGCACAGUAAAUAUACGUUGUUCUUUCAAUAUUAGGUAGUGAUUCUAAUAUGCUAACUAGCAUCUUGAAUCCAUCAUGUCUGUCUUCCUGUUUCCGGUUUGAAUGACAGAGACAGAAUACUGUCGACUGCUAGUGUGCAGAGUUAUUUCCCCUUAACGCAGGUGCAGAACGAACGUGCUGGUUGGCAGUUUGCCGUAGUCUUUGUGGAGUGUUCCAGUGUAACUGUUUGGCCAAAACGCUGGCGACAUGAGGCGACACAACAGUUGGCGUUCGUUGCCACUUAAUCUCUGACGUCAUUUUGGUGUGUCAACAGUACACUAAACUAUGUUUCUGAAAACACCUUAGGUGAGAAAUAUUAAAUGCAGUAACAGUCUUGAUUCAUUAUUUGAUCGGCGCUGCCUAGUUUGGUAGUGUAAUUAUAGUUAAUGAGCAUUGACUGACUCAGCAGACUCCUCAGCUCUGAUUGGUCAUUUAAUUCAGCUACAGUGGAUUAUUGCAAAUGCAAUUAAAAGCAUUACGCCUCAUGUGUGGCUGUAGUGACAGUUUCAGCGAGUAUGACAAAAAGUUACCAACUGCAGCUUUAACAAACACCUGUGUGUGUUAAGAGUUGGUCUGUUAGCUCAGCUAUUCAGAUUUAUUCUCCAUCAAUGCACUUAGUUCACCAGCAUUUCAUGCCCAUAUUAGACAGUAUUUUUAUAUUGCCAUGUCUGUACCAUCCCCACAGCUUUAGUUAAUGAAUAACAUGAAUAAUUUUAUUAUGAAUGUUAACUUAUCCUGCUUGCACUAACUAGUGGAAAGAGGGACUACUUUCAUUCACGGAAAUCUGAUGCCACUAUGCUCACUGUACAUGAUGACUCUCAGUGAGGGAUGGACUGUUGUACAAUCACUUUCUACCAAAUAACACUGCCCCCUGCUGGUUUCAAACCACCUAGACCAAAAGGUAAAGAGAGCCAAGCUCUCACUUCAACAGAACACAGUAAUUUUUUCAUACAUUACUUUUUGUAAUGCUCAAACAGGGUUUCAGUUUUAUGGGUAAUGUGAGUACAUGGGUACUUUUUUGUUUUUUUGGUGGGGGUAUUGUUAGUAUAAGUAUUUUUUGGUAUUUAUAUGUAUACAAAUAGAACAAAACAUUGUACUGGUUUGAUGGAACUAAGGGGAAUACCAUUGAAUUUCAAUGUUUUUUUUGCUUUUGUUUGUUUGUUUUCUUGCUUUCCUAUCCAUGUAAAUUAUACUCCAUGUUUUUCACUUAAAUCAGUAAUAAGCAAUGUGUCCAGAGAGCGGGUUGUAGACAGAGCAAUAAAAAAAUAGCAGUAGUUCAGGAGGCACGCAGCAAAAAGUUGAGCAUCUCUAGAGCAGUGGUUUCCAUGGUGAUUAACACGGUGGGAAGGAAUCAAAAAUAUGAUGUACGACACAAAAUUGUGUUUUCAUAACUUUUCUAUAAUAGCUUUCUUGUGUCUUGAUAGUUGAUAUACUUGAUACUAUAUUAAGUCUGUGAGGAAGGCUCACAAGUAGAUAUUGUUUUAUUUAAGACAACAUAAGCCAAAAAUGUUUAGAGGUCUCUAACAUUGUCCUCUGCUAAAAGGGAGGUUGGUAACGACUUAUAAUGAACAGCAUGUCUGAAAUUCGAUGGUAUUCUCCUUACUCUACCUGCCGUUAUUUGUUCAGAUUUAAGCAAUAUGUUUUUUAUGUGUUUUGGUUCACAAUGUUUAUUCUAAGAACAAAACAAAAUGUAUAAUUUAAUCCAAAUAGAGAUGACCGAUUUAAUUUGACAUGCACCGAUAGCCUUAUCAAUGAUAUUGCAUAGCAUCUCAUAAUAUUUUGUUUCUUUCUUUCAAUGUGUACAGUAGAUUUAGAAAAAGAGGUUUAUUUUGAGAUUUGCUUCAGACCAAAUUUAGCAGAGGUUAAAUUAAAAUGAAUAUGAAAUACUUUCACCCCUCGUGGAUUAUUUCUGUAUGUGCGCAUACGUGUUGUUGCUUAAAAAAAAAAAAAAAAAGUGUUUAAGUGUUCACUUUAGGAAAUGCUCUGGCUGAAAACUGUUUUAUUAACUACUGUAUAGCUUUUUUCCUGUUGUGUGAAAGCAAUAUGAAGCUUUAAAGGGACAUUUUACAUUUUACCCCACCCCAAAAAAAAAAAAAAAAAAAAAAAAGCCUUUGGCCAUCUAGUUCCAUUAUA